AUGUGAAAUGCAGUAUCAUUGUAUCUUUAUUCCAACUGAACAAUUUUGUGAUAGCUAUUUUAUAAAUUUUAUAUACAUGAGACAGCACGUGCAGUGUAUCUGUAGGCCAGAUAGGCAUUCUUCUUGCAGCUGUCAGUGUUUCAUAGAAUGGCUUAGGUUGUAAGGGACCUUAAAGAUCAUCAAGCGUCAGCCCUCCAAAGCUAUAUGUUUCCAGGGCUGUAGGUUUGCUACAGCUUCACUGAUCUAGUGAACAGCUGUUGCUGAGAGGGGUGGUCUCCUCUCUAUGCUCAGGUAUAUGGGACAUAUGGGAUAGUUGAAGGCAUGUCUGGCACUUCUGAUGCUGCUGCUACGCUAGGUUAUACGGUUCCAUUAAAGACAGGGUGCAGCAGUAACAGACAGUACUAUAGCAAGAGGUGCAUAGGUAAGUUAGAGCUGGUGCCAUCUGCCUCUCUUACAGGCCAUGCACUCUAACUCCGAAGUCAAUGCCCGUGUAUUUUGAAAGGCAGCAGACGCUCCUCAAGUAAAUCCAAGCAAACAAAGGUGGAAAGAUCACUGAGUAGUGACCGGCCAACAGUGACGUCUGAAAAACAUCCAAGUGGAAGAAGUAACAAAGCCCACUAGUUUCCCAGGCUUUGUAAAUAAGGCCAAAGGCAGUCCUAUGCCAUUUCAGAGGAAAGGACUCAAAGCUUCAGUCACCUCAGCCGCUCCCGCAGCUCCGCCAUUAACGCAGCCGCCGCUCACACAGCCUCGCACCGGAAGGCGCUGCGCCCCAUCCCGCCCUUCCGGUCCGCGCGCAGCCCCAGCCCCGGGCAGCAGCGCAAGACCCGCCCUCACCAUCAGGGGCGGCGGGGUGGGAGGUGCGUGUGUGUCUGCGUGUGGGAAGAGGGGGACGAGAGGAGCCGCCGCCGCUCCUGAUUGGCUGGCGCCCUGGCGGCGGCUCGCGGGACUCCCGUCUCGCGCCACUUUCGCCUUUGGCGCGAGCGGAGCGCGCGCGGGCGCCAUGGCUGAGAACGCGAUGCCGGAGUCUGGGAGUUUUGCUGCAUCGCGCUCUAGGCGUGAGAGGAAGUCAAAAAGAGGUCAGCAAGAAGCACUGGAACGUCUGAAAAAGGCCAAAGCUGGGGAAAAAUUAAAAUACGAGGUUGAGGAGUUCACUGGUGUUUACGAUGAAAUAGAUGAAGAACAAUACUCCAAGAUAGUCAGAGAACGUCAGGAUGAUGACUGGAUUGUUGAUGAUGAUGGGAUAGGUUAUGUAGAAGAUGGACGGGAAAUCUUUGAUGAAGAUCUGGACGACGAUGCCCUUGAUUCCAGUAAGAAAGGAAAAAGUGGCAAAGCUUCUACAACUGAUAAAAAGAAUGUGAAAAAAUCUGUGGUAUCAAAGCCAAACACAAUUAAAUCUAUGUUUAUUGCCAGUGCUGGAAAGAAAAACACGGAUAAAACUGUGGACCUGUCAAAGGAUGAUUUACUGGGGGAUAUUCUUCAAGACCUAAAUGCUGAAACUGUUCAGCUAAGUCCACCACCAAUUUUAGUGCUGAAAAGGAAAAGAUCUGCUGGAAUGCCACUGAAUCCUUUCUCUGUACAAUCUCAAGCUCCUAAGGUAAUCACCCCUGUAUCAAAGAAAGCUCCUGUUCAACUCAGGAAAGAAGCUCUUCCUCCAGCUUCAUUUCAUCCUAAACAUCCAAAUUACACAGCAAAGUCUGUCACAGCCUCUGAAGAGAAUGAGGAUACCAAGUUUGUGCAAAAACCUACAGAAAAUGGGAGAAUAGUAAAGACAAAAGAAGAAAAAGCUAUCGAAGAUGAUGAUCAGGGAAUGAUGGAUUUUGAUGAUGAGGACUUUGAUGAACCUAUGGAAGCAGAGCUGAUGGGAACUGUACCUGAGACAGUUGAAACCUCAAAAAGAGACAAGGAAGUUGAAAAGAAAGAGAGAGAGCAGCUGGAAUCUGUGAAGAAAGAGACAUCUGUCUUAAGUUAUUCUCUCCCAGAUAUCUCAUGUUGGGACAAAGUAGAUGAGGAUGAAGCUGAUCUGGUGGUGACAGAUGUUCAGCUGGACCCCAAUCUCCUUCCACUUGUGCAUGGGGAAAAUGAUGAUCAAGUCUUAAGAUUUUAUUGGCUGGAUGCUUACGAAGAUCAGUACAGUCAGCCAGGUGUGGUAUUUUUGUUUGGCAAAGUUUGGAUCGAAUCAGCAAACACCUACGUCAGCUGUUGUGUGACGGUGAAAAACAUUGAGAGAACUGUUUAUCUACUGCCACGUGAAACAGAGAUGGAUCUAUCCAGUGGGAAAGAGACAGAGACUCCGGUAACCAUAAUGAACGUUUUCAAGGAAUUUAAUGACUCCAUUUCACCAAAGUAUAAAAUUAUGAAGUUCAAAUCCAAGGUUUGUAUGCAAGUAUUUUAUUUGCUCAUUUAUUGUUGUUCUGGUUUGAAAGGUGGGAAGUCUGUUGAAACACUGUCCAGUGGGGGAGGUUAUUCUGAAACACAGACAUCAGAUCGUGUUGGAAUUUAAAGUGAAAGGUGGUUUUGUUCAGCAGAGAGAUGGGUGUGCUGAGAUUAGACUGUCUUUGCAUUUGUCCGGUUGUCAUAUUGAAGUUUUUUCUUUGCAUGUUUCAUCCUUUACUCUGGCACGUUUACCCUCUGAGUGUGCUUGGAACAUGGAUUGUCGUAAUGAGUUACACAGGAGAUAACAUGUUCUAAUGACUCAUCCAGUCUUGAAACUUCAGCUGUUAUGGCCUUACUGUUACGUGCAAUAACUUUGCAGCUUUAUUGUUGCUGUGCAGUUUACUCAACAAAUUCUUAAAUGAGCGUUGAAAAAUGUUGCUGUCUUAGGAAACACGCACAUCCAGUAAUAUGAAAGUUGUCAUAGCCCAGGGAAAGAGCAGAUAAUGCUGCUAAGUGUUGCAGAUUUGGAUGACAUUAGUACGAGGAAGCUUUCUCAUUUAACUAUGCAUCCAUCUUUUGAUGAUGGCAGGGGGAGAGGGUGGAGGUAGGGAGUUUGUGUGGGGGAAAGGUGGCUAACAUGCAAGUUGAAGGAAAAGAUGUGUUCAAAAUGUGGUGCUCAGCAACUUUUCUGUUUCUUGAAGUAACAUUGGUGAAGUAAAGCUGGCUUUCCUUGUUAUUACUGGUGGUGUGGAAUUAGUUGUAACUUUUCUGAGGAGUCCUUGUGACUUGAAAUUCAUUCUGGGAUGGGUGAUCAGUAACGGGGGUGGUGAGUAAAAUAGAUGGAAUUUUAACAGUUAAAAAAUGAGGGAAAAUAAAAGCAAGUUCAUAGGGUAAUUCGUGUUAGGAGAAGCUUUAGGAGGUGAGUACUUGGGAAAUACAGGCUGAUGAAAUGAAAACAUCAGCAGAGCUUCAAGUUUGUAAUAGCUCAUUGUUCAAAGAUCCUUCCAGGAAUGAAAAAGGAAAUUCAGGGCUAAUCAAUUCUUAAUUAAAAUAGAAGUUGCAAAUAGUUGUAUUUCAGAAAAGGAAGGAGGAGAAAAGAGGACCUUUGUAAGCAGAUACAGAUCUGCUAAAGAAUCUUGAUUAAAAAAAACAUCCAUUUCAUUAUAAUCUGGAAAAGUAGUAUGGACAAGGAAACAGAGUAAGAUAGUUUAACUUUCAGAGAUGGGUUUUAGAAAUAGAGUAAGCCAUUGCAGAAAGUUUGUAAGCUGCUCUUUCUGAGAUUUGUUCAAAGCUUGUCAGUUUUUUACUUAUUUUUAUAUAGAGCUUGAAGGAACGACUGAACUGUAUUUUCAGGACAUGUGACUGCAGUGCAUCUGGGAUCCUUGGUGUUCCUUAGCAGGAACAGGGAAGUAGCAGCACUGUGACAUCAGAUCUUAUCUAGAAUAUUCCAACACUUGAUCAUCCUGAUGAGGAACAAUGAACUUAAGGGACAGUAGAUGCAGAAGAUGGCAAUUAGGAGGGUUGAGACAAAAGGAAAGUCAGUUAUACCAGAGAUUACUAUGAAAGAGUUGUAUUAUUUUCAGUCCAGUAAAGUGAAGAAUAAUGGUAAGAGCUACUUGCUCUCUAAAAACAUUAAAAGGAGAUAAGCAGUAAGAGAGCUGCUUGAAAGGACAGUUUUAGCAAAAGAAUAUACUUAUAAAAUAUAAUUUGUGAAUAAAUUAGACUGGAUUGAGUUGAGGGUUCACAGAAGCUUUGAAAUAACUUGACAGCAGUGUUUCUACAAUUAGAAAUUGUCAAGCUUUCCAGAUAACUGAUUUUAAGUAACCGAAUAUGGUAGAAUGCACUCUAGCUUUAUUUUGUUGGCAUAUUUUUUUCUGAGUUUGAUAGUUAUUAAGUCCUUCCAGGAGGAAGUGAGAACCAGAGCAGGCAGGAUGGUACAGGUGGUAGUGUGGGGGAAGGUGUGAGAAAAGCUACGGGGAGGGGGGGAGGAGGGAAGGACUGCUGCUGGUGAGGCUUUUGAGGGGAAAAUAUGGUAAACACUGCUCUGCCAGUUCAACAUGAAAUUUCUGUGACCAGUGACAGGGUUACGCAAAGUAAACCAGGACAGACUGCAUGUCUGCAGCAGGGGGUGCUGUUGCUGCCUGUAAGGUAAUGGUGGAACUACUGGGGUACCGUGUGACUUCUUGCACAGCAGUAUGAAACUAGGAGUAACUCAUUCUUUCACCUUUAGCCGGGAACUAGGAAAGUUGUUGGCAUUCCUAUGAUGCACCCAAAGUUGUUUUGUUCAGAGUAUCCCGUUUUCUGAUGAUACAGAGAGAGCUAGGAUUUAUACACUGAAACAAGUUGUUCUCUGCGUGCACGUGUGUGUGCCUGUCUUGGCCUUGCCAGCCCCAAACUUUGUCCCUCUGAACAGAUACACUUAAGCCGUAUCACUUCCUCCUGCACCUGCUGCUAAUUGCAGCUUCAGUGGGUUGCACUGCUGCCAAGUUAGCAAGUCUUCACAAAUCAAUUUGAAAGCAGCCUUAUACUCCACUUAGAAACUUAGCAGCUAAUCACUGCUGCUCAUUUCUGCUCUCUGAAGGGCCACUUCAAGGGCAGAUUACUCUGCAGCAAAGCAUUCAUUCACUGCAGUUAUGACCAGGGGCUUGUGUAAUUGAGCUGAGCUCUGUGGAAUAACGCAGAUGAAUCACUGCCGCAUACUAUUUUUACACUGUGUUCAGCUUGCAGUUGUAACAAGAACUUGUUUGAAGCCUGAGAGUUA